AUGUCAGGAUUCCCUAAUCUUCAGCCCAAGCAGUCGAAGCACCAAUCCCACGAAGGUAAUGAUGACGGAGAGACUCUUAUAGAUGGGUCUUCAAGUAAACCUUCGCACUUGGUGUAUGUACCUGGCGAAAGUCAGUUAUCCCAUGAUGGAACAACGUUGUUUGAUGGAGUAGAAGGAAGUAGUUCGCUGGGCUUUGGACAAGGUACGCCUUUUCUGAAUCAACAGCAUAUCAAUGCUUCUUUGCAACAGCUUAAAUACAACGACAACAAACUAUCAUUGGAUCGUUCUAUCAACCAAACUAUAGAACUAAUUGAAGAAAUCAUCAAAGAGAAUAAAGAGCGUCCAGUUUUCUAUCCAACUGAAAUUGAAGAUGGGUCAAAGAUUUUGUUGAACAGUGCAAAGGCACAUUUAGGUUUAGUGAGACAAAACUCAAGCAUUAAGCAAUUAUCAAAGCAAAAGAUCAAAGAGGAUGAUAUUAGUAAAGAUUUACCAGAAUUUAAAAUUUUGAAAAUCAAUAUUCGUGGUGGCCAUGGUGACGACAAUUUAGUAUCCAACUUGGACAAAAAAUCGAUAGCAGCAUUAUUGGAAAAGAAAUUACACGGCCAAACCAAGUACUUGCUCAAUUUGAAAGAGAGGGUUGACGACACUUCAUCAAAGGUGUUUGUCACUGGUGAUUUAAAUGCGGGAAAAUCAACUUUUUGUAAUGCCCUUUUAAGAAGAAAGCUUUUACCGGAGGAUCAACAACCAUGUACUUCUGUUUUUUGUGAAGUUAUUGAUGCUCAGAAGGAGAAUGACGAUGUCGAGGAAGUGCACGCAAUUCCGAUAGAAAAGGAGUACAAGAAAAGUGACGAAUCUACGUAUGAAGUGUACCCACUAGGGGAGUUGGAAAACUUGGUGUACGAUUGUGACAAGUACAAGUUGUUGAAGGUUUAUGUUCUCGACAAUCGGUCGUUCCAAGAGAGUUUGCUUCGGAACGGUGUUAUUGACGUCAAACUCAUCGAUGCGCCAGGAUUGAACAUGGACUCUUAUCAAACAACACAAGUAUUUUCACGCCAAGAGGAGAUUGAUUUAGUGGUUUUCGUUGUUAGUGCAGAGAACCACUUUACCUUAUCUGCAAAGGAGUUCAUUGCAGCAGCCGCUAAUGAAAAGAGGUAUGUUUUCAUUGUUGUCAAUAGGUUCGAUAAUAUCAAAGACAAGGAAAAGUGCAAGAAAAGGAUCUUGGAUCAAAUCAAGAAUCUUUCACCUGACACAUACAAGAACGCAAAGGAAUUCAUUCAUUUUGUCAGCUCCUCAGAAAUAACUGCGGAUGGUGGUGAUGGCGGUGACGGUGAUGAUGGUGGUGAUGGUGGUGACGACGACGACAAUGACAACAAUAACAAUCCUGACCAUCCCGAUUUUGAUCUUCUUGAAGCAUCGUUACGAAAAUUUCUUUUGGAAAAACGAUCCAUUUCAAAGCUACUUCCGGCAAAGAGUUAUCUUCUUAACUUGUUACAUGAUCUACAAACGUUGAGCAAGAUUAAUGAGAAAAUGUACAAUGAUGAAAGAAAUGAAAAGUUACUGGAGCUCAAUAGCCUGGUUGCUCCUAAAGUUGAUGAGAUCAUUUCCAAGUCCCAUAAAAUCGCCGAUACUAUCAGUUCAGUAAUUGAAGCUGCAUGCACUCAAGUGUACAAUGAUACCACCAAAGAAAUGGUUUCAAUUAUUGAUAACUUGGGUGACAGACCAGUCGUACAAUACGAGGGAUUGCAAUAUCUCUUUGAGUAUGCAAAGGAAUCACAAUUGGCAUUAAUGGAUGGCAUUUACGAUUCAGUGUUGAAGAGCGAGGAAAUGGCAAAACAACUUACUGCCGCAAAAGUUGACGAAAUUACAAAGUAUGGUAAAAACACUUUGGGCGAGGAGUUUCUCAAUGACAAGAAGUUUAAUUCUCAGUUGAUGUUUUCCAGAGUCAAAGACGACAUUGGCAAAAAUAUUGAAGAUACUAUUGAAGUGUCUGAUUUCUUUGAUCCGUCUGUUGAUUCAUUUUUAGUGUUUGUUGGACUCCCAGAAAGUUAUGUAAACGCAACAAAGCAUCAAAUUUCAUACUUCAAUCCAGUUUCUGUCAUCACAGCAAUUCCGUCAAAUGCAGUUGCGUUGAAAGAACAACUACCCACUCAAUUGACGUUGCACACUUUGUAUUCAUCGGGUAAACUUUUGACCACUGGUGCGUUGAUCAAUCGGUUGUAUCACUUUAGCAAUUAUGUAUCGCCCAGCACCAUUAGAAGGGUUGCUGUUCCGGUACUUAUUGGUAUUUCCGGAAUUGCAAUUUAUUAUCUUAUUAGCGAUAUUCCAAAUGCUUUACCAAGAAAGCAAGCUAAAAAGAUCAAAAAGAAAAUUCAAGAGAUGAAUUAUGUUCACAACAAUUCAUUGCGUAUUUCCAGUGAAUGUCGGCAAGUUUUGAAUUAUCCAGCAAGACAAGUCAUGAACAAUUUCCAAACCAGCAUUGACAAGAACUUGUCUCAGAAGAAAAAGUUGGAGACGUAUAUUAAGGACGCUGAAAUUAGUUCAGGGUUUUUCAAACAAUUGUUGCUGAAAGUCAAUGAUCAGCAAAGAAUUUUGAAAGAGAUUGAUUUGGAGAGUCUCAACUUUGUUGAUUGA